CACUUCCUGGGCCAGUUCCUGGGCUAGCCCCUAUUUACUGCCACAUCUGAGUGCGUCCUGCCCUCCCACACGAGUCACCGCCCAGCGCCCUGUCAGCUAGCGCAGUGCGAUCCCCAUUAUGCAGGCUGAGGACACAUUCCCCAAGUGACUUCCCCAAGCCCUUAGGGACAGUCUGUGACGGAGCCAGAAACUGACCCCCAGCUUUGCUCCAGUCCCGUUAGCUCCCUAACCACUGGGCCAGGCCGACUGGGCAGAGAGGCCAAGGUUCCCACGGGCGCUGAAGCCUGAUCUAACCCUAGCAGUGAGCAGGGCUGCAGCACAGGGGCGGGGGAGCCUGCCCAGGCACUGCCCCUGCUGCGCAAAGGAUCGGUGACUCCACAGGGCCAUCAGACAGACACUUUUCCUUUAAACUAAAAUGCCUCACAGGCUUUAUUUUUACCCACAUGCUGCACUGCACCCCGGCCAUCCCUCUCCCCAUGGGAAAGGGUCCCCUGGAUGGCCGUGGGCUUUGGCUCAGGCCCCUACAGCCACGGUCCCUGUGCCCUGCAUUCCCCUUCAAACAGCGAGGCAUGCACACCAGCAGCGCCGUGGUGCCACCGGGCUGCAGUAGGCGGGCCCUUGGCAAAGCUCCCCAGGCCCCUUUGUUAUCAUGACACAGUCACUAAGCAACAGCCGCAGGUUGCAGCCAUGGCAUCCAGGACAAAGCGAGCCCCGAGCGUCCAGUAUGAGGUGGAGGAGUUUGCUUUCCAGGCCAGGCUCUCAGUGUAUGGGCUGGCGCAGGAGCAGCAGAAGGCGAUCCGAAAGAAAUCGCUUCUGCACAGGCUGGUAUUUCUGGCUAAGAUCUCCCCGGAGCUGGCCGACAAACGGGAUUUAGCAGGGUACUGGCACCACCUCUUCCUGAGUCUGCAGCGCUACUACCAGGGCGAGGGGGUCACGGGCCUUCUGCUGCUCUACCCCACCUACGUGGUGCACACCCUGGAGGCCUCCAGCGAGGUGCUUUACUCCAUCCUGAGGGACCUGCGAGACAUGCAGCCCCAGCAGCACAGGGCCCUUGUUCUAGAGCCCAAGAUCCUGGUGCUGUCCCACAACAUUCCCUCCCGGCUCUUCCAGCAGUGGAGCUACAAGGUGCUGGCUGUGCCCAGCAGGCACCUGGGCUACGACACCUCGCGUGAGGAGCCAAUUGAGACCAUCACUGGUGAGUGCCUGGCGAUGCUCCUGAAACUGGGGAUGCACCUGCUGAAAUACCCCAAGAGCCCCCCAAACCUCCCUGAUGCCGUUCUGGAGGAGGUCCCCAACUUAAUUGUUCCCCAGGACACCAUCUGCCACCUCCUGGAGUGCCGGGAGCUCCUGAGCCCUGCGCAGUUCCUGCAGGCCUACGAUUCCCCCUUGAACGUCGUCAUGGACUCAGGGCACGUGUUGGGAAGUGACAACCCGUAUGCUGUGUAAGUUUCUUUGCAACCCAAAGAGCGCGUGUGGCCACUGCCUGGGAAGGUGAAGUUGGAUGCCGUGAGCUCGUGAAUGGAAAGGAAUCGGGGCCCAUGGACGCGUGGGGCACAGCUGAGAUUGGAGGGUUGUGGGCAGCAGCCCAGGCACUGCUCCGGCCCACAGCUGGUCAUGCAGUGCUCAGGGUGUGGCUGAUCUCGGCCCAUGAUCGUGGGAAACACCCAAGAGCAGCAUGGGAGAGCGGCUGGAGGAGCCUGCGUCUCACCAGCAGAAUUACGGGCUCAGAUGGACAAAUGGGUUUACUUGUAAUUAUAUGGG